AUGGUCAAGGAGCUGAACAGCGAUGAGAAGAAGGAGGCGGUGGCGGCCUUCCGCGCCCUCGGUGUCUGCGAGCAGCUAGCGGAGGCCGCCGCGGGCCUCGGCUGGCGCAAGCCGACGCCCAUUCAGCAGCAGGCGGUGCCGUACCUCCUCGAGGGCAAGGACAUCAUCGGCCUCGCGCAGACGGGCUCCGGAAAGACGGGCGCCUUCGCACUCCCCAUCAUCCAGGACCUGCUCGACAACCCCCAGCCGCUGUUCGCCCUCGUGCUCUCCCCGACCCGGGAGCUGGCGAUCCAGAUCUCGGAGCAGUUCGAGGCGCUCGGCGCCGGCAUCGGCCUGCGGUGCGCGGUGCUGGUGGGCGGCAUCGACAUGAUGGCGCAGGCCAUCGCGCUCGGGCGCCGGCCGCACGUCGUCGUCGGCACGCCCGGCCGCGUCGUCGACCACCUCUCCAACACCAAGGGCUUCACGCUCCGGGCGCUCAAGCACCUCGUGCUGGACGAGGCGGACCGUCUCCUGAACAUGGACUUCGAGGCGGAGAUCGACCAGAUCCUCAAGGUGGUGCCGCGGGAGCGACGCACGCAGCUCUUCUCCGCGACGAUGACGCAGAAGGUGGCGAAGCUGCAGCGCGCGUGCCUCUCGAGCCCCGUGCGCGUCGAGAUCUCGCACAAGUACCAGACCGCGGACAACCUGCGUCAGCAGUUUUUGUUCGUACCGGCCAAGUACAAGGAGUGCUACCUCGCGCACGUGCUCACGGAGCUCGCGGGGUGCACCGCGAUGGUCUUCACGCGCACGUGCGACUCCACGCGCCGCCUCGCGCUCAUGCUCCGCAACCUGGGCCUCGACGCCGUGCCCAUCCACGGGCAGAUGUCGCAGCCGAAGCGGCUCGCGGCGCUCAACAAGUUCAAGGCCGGGGACCGCAGCAUCCUCGUCGCGACGGACGUGGCCGCGCGCGGCCUCGACAUCCCCAGCGUCGAGGUCGUGCUCAACUACGACGUCCCGACCAACUCCAAGGACUACGUGCACCGCGUGGGGCGCACCGCGCGCGCGGGGCGGUCCGGGCGGUCGGUGACGCUCGUGACGCAGUACGACGUCGAGCUGUUCCAGAAGAUCGAGCAGCUGAUCAAGCUCAAGAUGGAGAAGUACGACGCGCCGCAGGACGAGGCGCUCCUGCUCCUGGAGAGGGUCAACGAGGCCUCGCGCAUCGCGGCGCGAACCAUCAAGGAGAAGGACGAGAAGAAGGGGAAGCGGAAGGGCGCGGUGGACGACGGCGACGACGACGGCGGCGCGAUGGCGUACAAGCCGCGGAUGGGCAAGAAGCCCCGCCGGUGA